GGAAUCCUUAGCUGAAACAUUCAAGACCCAGGGGGUCCCAGAGAGAACCCUUCUUUUGAUCUGGAAUUAUCUAUUGUUGACCACAGAAAGCUUCUACUGGCGAUUACCGGAACAGUGCCCUGUAGAGCGAGAGGCCUCCCGGAAUGGAUGUCACCCGCCUCCUCCUGGCUACCCUGCUGGUCUGCCUGUGCUUCCUCACUGCCUACAGCCACCUGGCACCUGAGGAAAAGCCCAGAGAUGAAAGGAGCCUGAGGAGCAACUCUUCCAUGAACCUGUUGGAUUUCCCUUCUGUCUCUAUUGUGGCACAGAACAAGAAAUCCCAAAAGAUCAGCAGAAAAGAAGCGGAAAAAAAGAAAAGAUCUUCCAAGAAAAAGGCUUCGAUGAAGAAGGUGGCACGGCCCCGGCCCCCGCCGUCUGGCCCCUGCGUGGCCACCCGCGACAGCUGCAAGCCGCCGGCGCCCGCCUGCUGCGACCCGUGCGCCUUCUGCCAGUGCCGCUUCUUCCGCAGCGCCUGUUCCUGCCGCGUACUCAACCCCACCUGCUGA